AUGAUCCUGACUCUGACCCUGAUCCUGAUCCCGAUCACGAUCCUGACACUGACUCUUGCCCUGAUCCUGAUCCCGAUCACGAUCCUGACACUGACCCUGAUCCUGAUCAUGAUCCUGACUCUGACCCUGAUCCUAAUCCCGAUCAUGAUCCUGACUCUGACCCUGAUCCCGAUCAUGAUCCUUACUCGGACCCUGAUCCUGAUCAUGAUCCUGACUCGGAACCUGAUGCUGACUCUGGCCCUGAUCCUGAUCAUGAUCCUGACUUGGACCCUGAUCCUGAUCCUUACUCUGAUCCCGAUAAUGAGCCUGACUGGGACCCUGAUCCCGAUCAUGAUCCUUACUCUGACCCUGAUCCCGAUCAUGAUCCUAACUCUGACCCUGAUCCUGAUCCCGAUCAUGAUCCUGACCCUGACCCCAAUCCUGGUCCUGACCCUGACCCCAAUCCUGGUCCUGAUCCUGACCCUGACCGCAAUCCUGGUCCUGAUCCUGACUCUGACCCUGAUCCCGAUCAUGAUCCUGACUCUGACCCUGAUCCUGAUCCCGAUCAUGAUCCUUACUCAGACCCUGAUCCUGAUCAUGACCCUGACUUGGACCCUGAUCCUGAUCCUUAGUCUGAUCCCGAUCCUGAUCCUGACUCGGACCCUGAUCCUGAUCAUGAUCCUGACUCUGGCCCUGAUCCUGAUCCCGAUCAUGAUCCUGACUUGGACCCUGAUCCUGAUCCUUACUCUGAUCCCGAUCCUGAUCCUGACUCGGACCCUGAUCCUGAUCCUAAUCCUUACUCUGACCCUGAUCCUUAUCCCGAUCAUGAUCCUGACUCUGACCCUGAUCCCAAUCAUGAUCCUGACCCUGAUCCUAACUCCUAUCCUGAUCCCGAUCAUGAUCCUGACUCUGACACUGAUCCUGAUCAUGAUCCUUACUAUGAUCCCGAUCAUGAUCCUGACUNUGAUCCCGAUCAUGAUCCUGACUGGGACACUGAUCCUAAUCCUUACUCUGACCCUGAUCCUGAUCCCGAUCAUGAUCCUGACUCUGACCCUGAUCAUGAUCCUGACCCUGAUCUUAACUCUGAUCCUGAUCCCGAUCAUGAUCCUUACUCUGAUCCCGAUCAUGAUCCUGACUCGGACCCUGAUCCUGAUCAUGAUCCUUACUCUGACCCUGAUCCCGACUCAGACCCUGAUCCUGGUCAUGAUCCUGACUCUGAUCCUGAUCAUGAUUCUGACUCGGACCCUGAUCCCGAUCAUGAUCCUUACUCUGAUCCCGAUCAUGAUUCUGACUCGGACCCUGAACCUGAUCAUGAUCCUUACUCUGACCCUGAUCCCGACUCGGACCCUGAUCCUGGUCAUGAUCCUGACUCUGAUCCUGAUCAUGAUUCUGACUCGGACCCUGAUCCUGAUCCUGGCCCUGAUCCUGUUCCCGAUCAUCAUCCUGACUCAGACCCUGAUCCUGAUCCUUACUCUGACCCUGAUCCCGACUCGGACCCUGAUCCUGGUCAUGAUCCUGACUCUGAUCCUGAUCAUGAUUCUGACUCGGACCCUGAUCCUGAUCCUGGCCCUGAUCCUGUUCCCGAUCAUCAUCCUGACUCAGACCCUGAUCCUGAUCCUUACUCUGACCCUGAUCCCGACUCGGACCCUGAUCCUG